AUGCAAUACAGUCUUCAACAACAAUUACCAUCAUCACAUAGUUAUUUUACUCCCAUUCAAACAACAUCAUCAAUGCCAUAUACAACUAUCUAUCCGACGACGUCGACGUCGUCUAUUUCCUAUUCAUCAACACCAAAUAAAAGACAACAAAUUCAUUCAUCAUCUCAAUUAACACCUAUACAACAGACAAGUUCCGCAUAUAUGUCACCAAUUGAUUCACCUAUAACUUAUAUGUCUCGUGAUUCAAUGUCACCAUCAUCCGAUCUAAAAGAUAUGGAUACAGUUAAAUUAUUUGUUGGACAAAUACCUCGACAUUUAGAGGAAAAUGAUCUAAGACCGAUAUUUGAAGAAUUUGGACAGAUUUAUGAAUUAACUGUACUUAAAGAUAGAUUUACAGGCAUGCAUCGUGGAUGUGCUUUUCUCACCUACUGUCAUCGAGAUGCAGCACUCAAAGCACAACAAGCAUUACACGAACGACGAACAUUGCCAGGCAUGAGUCGUCCUAUACAAGUCAAGCCAGCUGAUAGCGAAUCACGAACAGAGGACCGCAAAUUAUUUGUUGGCAUGUUGAACAAACAAAUGACAGAAGAAAAUGUUCGUGCUAUAUUUGAAGCAUAUGGUACUAUUGAAGAGUGUACAAUUUUACGUGGACCUAGUGGUGAUAGUAAAGGUUGUGCAUUUGUGAAAUAUGCUACUCAUAAUGAAGCUCAACAAGCUAUACAAAAUGUUCAUGGAAGUCAAACAUUUCCAGGUGCAUCAUCAUCAAUUGUUGUUAAAUUUGCUGAUACAGAAAAAGAACGACAAUUAAGACGUAUGCAACAAUUAGCUGGCCCACUCGGACUUUUAUCAAAUCCAUUAGUACUUCAACAAAUAGCAGCUAAUUUAAAUUAUCAAGGUUAUACGCAAAUUCAACAGCAAGCUCUAUUGGCAUCAUCAACCGGUACACAUCAAACAGCAUAUACAACUAUACCUGUUUUAACAACAUCUGGUCAACAAAUGAGUAAUGGUGCAAUGACGCCAUCAACAGGUGAUUGUGACAAUAUGGACUUUCCUCAUUAUACUUUAGUCAAUGCAUCUCCUGUUAAUAAUGGUCCUGGAACAAUAUAUCAAACAACUGUGCCUAAUCAAAAUGGACAACCAACUGAUUUAUUUUCAUCAGGAAUGCAAUAUCCAACUGUUGUUGGUCCAACAAUAGAUUCAGCUACUGGUUUACAACUUCAACCUGGUACAACUUAUACUACUUUACCUGCUCAGUAUCCUAUUUAUGCUCCUACAGCUAUCUAUUCUCAUUUACCAACUACCACACUCAUUCCAAGUGCAUUAGCAUCACCUGGAAAAGAAGCUUUACCACAAUUUUUCGGACCAGACGGUUGCAAUCUUUUCAUCUACCAUUUACCACAAGAGUUUGGCGAUUCCGAACUUGCAUCAAUGUUUAUGCCAUUUGGCAAUGUUAUAUCCGCCAAGGUCUAUGUUGACCGUGCCACCAAUCAAUCCAAAUGUUUUGGUUUUGUUUCUUAUGAUAAUCCCCAAUGUGCUCAACAAGCCAUACAAUCGAUGAAUGGAUUUCAAAUCGGUAUGAAACGUUUAAAAGUUCAAUUAAAACGUCCAAAAGAUUUAGCUAAACCAUAUUAA